UCAGUAUGGUGCUCCCUCAACUUCCUCUUGUGCUCUUGCUGAUUUCAAACAUUCACUCUGCACAAACUGAAGAAAGACCAAAAGCCAAAGUGAGCAUUAAACCUGAUCAACAUGUAUUCAGAGGAGAGACAGUCACUCUCAGAUGUGACAUUGAUGGUGAAGGAGUCACUAGCUGGAAGUACAGCUGGUAUAAAGACGGUUCAGACAGUGUUUUCAGUGAACUACAGGAACACACAUUCAGUUCUGCUAAUGAGUCUGACGCAGGUAAAUACUCCUGUUAUGGAGCAGAGUUAGGAGGAUCACGAACAUCAAACAUCAGUGAUGAAGUUACACUGACAGUAUCAGAUAGACCCAGAGCAGUUUUAAGUGUUUCUCCACAGAAGUGGUUGACUGAAGGAGAUCCAGUGACUCUGAUCUGUGAGGUUAAAGACUCCUCUACAGGCUGGACAUUCAGCUGGUUCACUCUAACUGUUUCAUCAGAUUACAGAAAUCGUUAUCAGAUUCUCUCAGACAGCAGCAGAGGAGCUGGAGGAAACUACACGGUCAGUUCUGCUGCUCUAAAUCACACAGGAGUUUAUAUGUGCAGCGCAGAGAGAGAAAAACCACCCUAUUACACAUGGUACAGCAAUGAACAACUACUAUGGGUCACUGGUGUUUCUCUUCCAGUCUCUCUGAUCAUCAGUCCCAACAGAACUCAACACUUCACAUCUGUCUCUCUCUCUCUGAGCUGUGAGGACCAGAGUAACUCUGAUAGAUGGACAGUGAGAAGAUACAUAGACAUUUGGGGUCUGGAAGAUUGUUCAUCAUCUCUGUGGGGAUCACAAACAGGAUCUACAUGUACAAUCAACUCCACCAGAACAUCAGACACUGGAGUGUACUGGUGUCAGUCUGAAUCUGGAGAGAACUAUCAUCCUGUUAAUAUCACUGUACACCUUGGUGUGAUUCUGGAGAGUCCUGUUCAUCCUGUGACUGAAGGAGAUUCUCUGACUCUACGCUGUUUAUAUAAAUAUUCAGCUUCAUCAAUCCUCAGAGCUGAUUUCUAUAAAGAUGGAUCACUCAUCCAGAAUCAAACUCCAGAGAUGAUCAUCUCUACUGUCUCAAAGUCACAUGAGGGUUUCUACUACUGCAAACACCAAGAGAGAGGAGAGUCACCCAAGAGCUGGAUCUCAGUCACAGAUAUUCCCAAACCAACUCUGACUGUUGAGCCACAGAGUUCACUGUUCACUGGUUACUCAGUUACUCUGAGAUGUGAGGUGGAUCAAAUAUGGGUUAGAUGGGUGUUUAUCUGGAGAAAAGGCUCAAACACUGAAUCUACUGAAGCUGCAACUAAAACAAUCAAUUCAGUGACAGUCUCUGAUGGAGGAGAGUACAGGUGCAGAGCACAAAGAAGAAGACUUUACACAAAUUACAGUGAACCAGUAACAGUGACAAUAAACGAAAGACCAAAACCCAAAGUGAGCAUUAAACCUGAUCAACAUGUAUUCAGAGGAGAGACAGUCACUCUCAGAUGUGACAUUGAUGGUGAAGGAGUCUCUAGCUGGAAGUACAGCUGGUAUAAAGACGGUUCAGACAGUGUUUUCAGUGAACUACAGGAACACACAUUCAGUUCUGUUACUGAGUCUGACGCAGGUAAAUACUCCUGUUAUGGAGCAGAGAGAGGAGGAUCACGAACAUCACACAUCAGUGAUGAAGUUACAAUGACAGUAUCAAAUAAACCCAGAGCAGUUUUAAGUGUUUCUCCACAGAAGUGGUUGACUGAAGGAGAUCCAGUGACUCUGAUCUGUGAGGUUAAAGACUCCUCUACAGGCUGGACAUUCAGCUGGUACACUGUAACUGUUUCAUCAGACCACAGAAAUCUUUAUAAGCUGCUCUCAGACAGCAGCAGAGGAGCUGGAGGAAACUACACGGUCAGUUCUGCUGCUCUAAAACACACAGGAGUUUAUAUGUGCAGAGCAGAGAGAAGAAAACCAGUCUAUAACACAACCUACAGCAACAAACAGCCACUAUGGGUCACUGGCGUUUCUCCUCCAGUCUCUCUGAUCAUCAGUCCCAACAGAACUCAACACUUCACAUCUGUCUCUCUCUCUCUGAGCUGUGAGGACCAGAGUAACUCUGAUAGAUGGAGAGUGAGAAGAUACACAAACAAUGAGCGGCUGGAAGAUUGUUCAUCAUCACACUGGGGAUCACAGACAGGAUCUACAUGUACAAUCAACUCCACCAGAACAUCAGACACUGGAGUGUACUGGUGUCAGACUGAAUCUGGAGAGAACUAUCAUCCUGUUAAUAUCACUGUACACUCGUCUCAUUCAGAAUCUCAGAUCUCUGUCCUCCACACACUCAGUUCUGUACUGACAGUUUGUCCAUAUCUGAUAGUGACAGUCGUGCUGAUCUUCAAAUGCUGCAGGAUGAGAGGCCUAAUGGUUAGAGGGUAGAACUCCCAAUCGAAGGGUUGUGAGUUCUAGUCUCGGGCCGGACGGAAUUGUGGGUGGGGAUAGUGCAUG